AACAUGGCCGCGUGCGAAACAGCAAAAGCCUCCUAUGUCCAUCCCAAUUCCCAGUCUCUCUCUCUUAACUCUUAAGUCUCUUCCUUGUCACUUGUCAGACGUAGUGGUGGACUUGUCACAAAAUGGAUCUACACCUCUUCAUCCCUUCUUGGACCUCUGUGGGUUUAUUGCUCUCAUAUUUUGGUUACUUGGCCAUUUUUGGGUCUCUUCUACCUGGCAAGAUUGUUUCUGGUGUCACUUUAGCCGAUGGCACUCGCCUCCAUUACCGAUGCAACGGCCUGUUAUCACUUACUUUGUUGGUUUUGCUUCUUGGUGGUGGAGUUGCUGCUGGAUUUGUAUCACCCACAGCAAUUGCAGACAGAGGACUUGAGCUUUUAUCCGCGACUUUCAUUUUCAGUUUCAUUGUAACUUUGUUACUUUACAUUGUGGGUAGCACUUCGCGUGACAAAGGUUCAUCACUGAAGCCCCAUGUCUCUGGAAAUUUGAUUCAUGACUGGUGGCUUGGGAUACAGCUAAAUCCUCAUUUUAUGGGCAUUGAUCUUAAAUUCUUUUUCGUGAGAGCUGGAAUGUUGGGAUGGUUACUUAUUAACCUUUCACUGUUGGCUAGAAGUAUCCAAGACGGCCAUUUCAAUCGUUCGAUGAUUCUAUACCAGUUAUUUUGCUCUUUUUACAUACUGGACUACUUCUUUUAUGAAGAAUACAUGACUUCCACUUGGGACAUAAUCGCGGAGAGAUUGGGCUUUAUGUUGGUGUUUGGGGAUCUUGUGUGGAUUCCUUUCACAUUUAGCAUCCAGGGUUGGUGGCUUCUGAGAAACAAUGUGGAGCUAACAACUGCUGCAGUUGUGGCAAAUUGCAUUGGCUUCCUAAUGGGGUACCGCAUCUUUAGGGGCGCUAACAAGCAGAAGCAUGUGUUUAAGAAGAAUCCCAAAGCACCUAUAUGGGGCAAACCUCCAAAGGUCAUUGGGGGUAAAUUGCUUGCUUCUGGCUAUUGGGGAAUCGCUAGACACUGUAACUAUCUAGGAGACUUGUUAUUGGCACUGUCCUUCAGUCUACCUUGUGGAAUUAGCUCGCCUAUCCCUUACUUUUAUCCUACAUAUCUUCUUAUAUUGCUGAUAUGGAGAGAAAGAAGGGAUGAAGCUCGAUGUGCAGAGAAGUACAAAGACAUUUGGGCUGAGUAUCGUAAACUUGUGCCCUGGAGAAUAUUGCCAUAUGUUUAUUAGUGUUUUAUGCCAUUAACAAACAUUUUCAUAUAAGUGGUUUAUGCAGUUGGUGUCUGUAAACUAGUUUGAUUUAGUUUUUUUUUCUAGAAGUGAGUUAUCAAAUUGUUAAUAUUGCAAUUUUGUCCCAUUUUAAGCUACAUAGUGAAAACAAGGGAGGAUAAUUUCUUGGAGAAUUCACAAAAUUGUAAAUUGAUUUUUGGUUUA